UUGCGCAUUCAAAAUUUAAAAGCUCCAUUAUUCCAUAUCUGAUAGACGACACAUACAAACUUAAUUUCAUUCGUCAAGUUAAAUUAGGAAAAAAAGAUAAAUAUUCUUGUAUAGAUGAAUUACAAUGCAAGGAGAAAUGCACAGAGAAGAGGUGCGCGAUUCAGGUGCGGAAGAAAAUUGAUUUUGUGGAGGUGUUUCGGUAAGAAGAAGACGAUGGAUAAAAUCAGCAGCGAGGAAAAUGUAAAGAUCAAUUGGAGACAUUUAAUCGGAUUACACAACUGGAAAGGCCUUCUGGAUCCUCUGGAAAUGGACCUCCGGCGGUGCCUAAUCCACUACGGCCAAAUGGCACAGGCAACCUACGACAGUUUCAACACCGAGAAGGCCUCGAAAUUCGCCGGAAGCAGCCGCUACUCGAAGCAGGAUUUCUUCGCGAAAGUUGGGCUGGAGAAGGGGAACCCGUACAAAUACAGAGUGACGAAAUUUCUGUACGCGACCUCGGAAGUGAAGGUUCCGGAGGCUUUUAUUGUGAAGCCGUUGUCGAGGGAAGCGUGGAGUAAGGAAUCGAACUGGAUUGGGUACGUGGCGGUGGCGACGGACGAAGGGAAGGCGGAACUGGGGCGGAGAGACAUUGUGGUCGCUUGGAGAGGCACCGUCCGAAGCCUGGAGUGGAUCGACGAUUUCGAGUUCGCUUUGGUUUCGGCUCCCAAAAUAUUUGGGGAAUCCAGCGACGUGAAGGUCCACCAAGGCUGGUAUUCAAUCUACACUUCAACGGAUCGCCGAUCGCCCUUUACAAACAGCAGCGUCCGAGAGCAGGUUGUGGGGGAAGUGAAAAGACUGGUGGAGGAGUACAAGGGGGAGGAGAUGAGCAUAAUCACGACAGGGCACAGUCUAGGCGCGGCAAUAGCAACGCUGAACGCAGUGGAUAUGGUAGCAAACGGAGUGAAGGGCGCGGGCGGGGCGUAUGCAGUGCCAGUGACGUCGUUUGUGUUUGCGAGCCCGAGAGUGGGGGAUUCGGAGUUCAAAAGGGCGUUUUCAGGGUACAAAGAGCUACGCGUUUUGCGAGUGAAGAAUGGCAUGGACGUGGUCCCAAACUACCCGGUGAUCGGUUACUCGGACGUGGGAGUGGAGCUGGAAAUCGACACUCGAAAAUCGAAGUACCUGAAGAGCCCCGGGAGCGUGAGCAGCUGGCAUAAUUUGGAGGCUUAUUUGCAUGGGGUUGCGGGGACGCAGGGGAACAGGGGAGGCUUCAAGCUGGAGAUAGCGAGAGACAUUGCGUUGGUUAAUAAGAGCCUGGAUGCGCUGAAGGACGAGUUUCUUGUGCCUGUGGCGUGGCGGUGUCUGCAGAAUAAGGGUAUGGUUCAGCAGAGUGAUGGGUCGUGGAAGUUGAUGGAUCAUCAGGAGGAUCCUGAUCCUUGAAUCUUGAUACCUCAUUCAUUAUUCCUCCUUCGUGUCCCUCUUUUUAAACGGUGAGUUUCUGGUUUGAUUUGCACAAACUAAUUCAUUUACUAGUUUUGUCCACUGGAAUUUACAUUUGGACCCUCCUCCUGCCUAAGUAUAUUGUCCAGACAUACUUUUCACA